AUGAAUAAUUUCUUUCUAUACGAAGGGGAAAUUUAUUGGUCUGCUAUGGAUACAGUACCCGAAUUACUUGGUCCAACUCGUUCAUCAAAUGAUAAUCAUCCCAAUUCAAUUCCUGAUGCUCUUAGACAAGCAUUUCUUAACGGAUCAACUUAUCCAAUUGAUGACGGAAUCACUCAUGGUAAUGAUGCAUUAACAUUAUUAGAAAAUCGUUCAACAUAUACAUUAUUUAUUUAUAGAUUUUAUCGAUUUCACUCAUUUUUGAAACAACAUCUUAAUGAAUAUAAUGCAAAUGAAAUUAUUCUUAUGACAUUUAUCAUGCAAAAAGCUCCAAUGUCAAUACAAAAAAAGUUUUAUUUUUAUUCAAGAUUUAAAAUCCUUUUUAAAAAAUAUUGA